GCUGGGCGGGGGCAGGUGGCGCUGGGGGAGGGUGUGUCCAGGCAGAAGCAAGGAGUACGAGGAGCGGAAGCUGAGCACCCUCUGGGCUGGGAAGGUGCCUGGGGUUUGAGGGUGCUGUGGUGCGGGCAGAGAGAGAGCUACCAAAAGUUCCAGUGCCUGGGAGGCUCUUUGGGGAUCUGGGACCCAUGACUGGGAAGUCAGGAAUGGUGUUUCUGCCGGUGGUCUGGAGCCCACAGAAAACUGAUCAGUGAGCAGCCCUGUUUUUGGCUCUGAUGACCAUCUUUUUUUCUCUGAGGAGGUCACUUCAGGGCUGGACUCUGCGCAGCCUGAGGGGCAGAGCCUGCUGGGGGUGACGUGGGGGGCGGGGUUAGAGCAUAGAUGUCACCCAGAUUGGGGGAUGGGGCAGGGCCAGCCCUUCCCACGACCUGGGCUGCAAGACGUGAGGGUCUCACAACCUUGGGUGGCUGGGUCAGGUUAUUUCUGCCUCCUUCAUGUCAAGGGAAAGACCCACACAUGAAAACACGUGUGUUACGAAGUGAAGCCUCUGUGAAGAAGGCAAGAAGGGAGGAGGCUGGAGGUGUCGCGUGGGGUGUGGUCACCGAUUGAAGUAGAAGGGGCUUUGCCAAGAAGGUGUCCUUUGAAUAAACUUUGAAAGAAGGAGGGUGCAAAUUUGUAGAUAUUUGGGAGGUGUUUCUGGUAGUGGGGGCAGCAGGUGCAAAGGUCCUGGGGUGAGCAACUUGGCACACUUGAGGAGCCUUAAGCUGAGCCUGGAAUGGAGAGAGCAGCCCAUUUGUGCAUGGCCUUGGUGUGGGGGAGGGCUUUGAAGAAAAAGAUGUGGGGUGGGAGGGGGCAAGGAGGGGAAGGUGGCUGGCCUGAGGGUUAAGGCAAGGCCUGGAGGGAUUGAUGAAGGGUGGGGCCAUGGGACAUGAAUCCGGGUGUGGGUGUAAUGGCAGUAGUGCUUGGCCUCUGCAGGGGACACUGACCUUGCUGGGUUGACCCUUCAGCUGGUGGGUGAUCCGCUUCAGGGAGAAGCUGCCCAGCUCACCACAAGGGACGGGAGACUGGAUGGGGCAGUGAGCACCCCUGGGGCCACACCUUCCCCUGGAUGCGACCCUCCUGCUGGGGAGGGGCUGCGGUCCUUGGAGCUGUUUCCUGCAGCCGUCGCUUGGAGGGAGCCGUGGACCUGCUGCGGGAGCUGAAAGCCAUGCCUGUCACGCUGAGCCUGCUGCAGUCUACACGGGUUGGCAUGUCUGUCAACGCCCUGCGGAAGCAGAGCUCUGAUGAGGAGGUCAUCGCGCUGGCCAAGUCUCUGAUCAAGUCCUGGAAGAAGCUCCUGGACGCCUCCGAUGCCAAAGCCAGGGAGCAGAGGAGGGCUGGGCCUCUCCCCGCAUCGUCCUCGAAGGAGGCCCCUGAGGCCAAGGAUCCCAGCCGCAAGAGGCCAGAGCUACCCAGGAUGCCGCCGGCGCCGAGGAUCACCACGUUCCCGCCCGCGCCGGUCACGUGCGACGCAGUGCGCAGCAAGUGCCGCGAGAUGCUGGCCGCGGCCUUGCGGACCGACCAUGACCACAUGGCUGUUGGCGCGGACUGCGAGGGCCUGUCGGCCCAGAUUGAGGAAUGCAUCUUCCGGGACGUGGGAAACACGGACAUGAAGUACAAAAACCGUGUGCGGAGCCGCAUCUCCAACCUCAAGGACGCUAAGAACCCCGACCUGCGGCGGAACGUUCUGUGUGGUGCCAUCACUCCCCAGCAGAUCGCGGUCAUGACGUCGGAGGAGAUGGCCAGUGAUGAGCUGAAGGAGAUCCGGAAGGCGAUGACCAAGGAGGCUAUCCGAGAGCACCAGAUGGCCCGCACGGGGGGCACUCAGACGGACCUGUUCACCUGCGGCAAGUGCAGGAGGAAGAACUGUACCUACACGCAGGUGCAGACGCGCAGCUCUGAUGAGCCCAUGACCACCUUCGUUGUCUGCAAUGAGUGUGGAAAUCGCUGGAAGUUCUGCUGAGCCCUCCUUGAGAUGUGCGUGAAGCCUCAGGCUGUGGCCAGCACAUUGCUGCGGCCUCCCCGUGUUCUCUGUCGACAGACACUGCUUCUUGACAGCUGCCCUGUGCCCACCUGAACUUCCCCAGAGGGCUGCGCACCCUGCUCCCCAACCUUGCCUGUGGUACACCUUUCUUCCUCUUUCCCCCAAAUUAUUAAAUGUUUCUUUUUG